CCCAGCUGGGGAGUCCUCCAUCCCCUGGCUAUACUUUUCUCAUCUCGCCCACCCUUCCAGCUCCACAAUGGUCCUGUGCAUCCCUGUGGCCCCCUGGAUAGCAGCUAUGAUGGUGUUGCUGAGCAGAGAGAUCCAGGGUGGGGGCCCUCCAGAGAACCACCUGCUGCGCGCGCUGCACGAGUGCUACGCGGAGAAUAACGGGACUCAGCGCUACAUCAUGAGAUGUAUCUUGGACCGCGAGGAGUUCAUGCGCUUCGACAGCACCGUGGGCGAGUUCCGGGCGCUCACAGCUAUGGGGCGGCCGUGGGCCGAGUCCUGGAACAGCCAGAAGGACUACAUGGAGCGACGGAGGGCCGAGGUGGACACGGUGUGCAGACACAACUACGAGCUGAACCAGGGGUUCACCGUGAAGCGUCGAGUCCAGCCUAAGGUACAUGUGUCACCCUCCAAGAAGGUGACCCUGCAGCACCGUGACCUGUUGGUCUGCCACGCAACAGAUUUCUACCCAGGUAGCAUUCAAGUCCGCUGGUUCCGGAAUGGCCAGGAGGAAACUACUGGGGUUGUGUCCACCAACCUGAUCCGAAAUGGGGAUUGGACCUUCCAGAUUCUGGUCAUGCUGGAGAUGACCCCACAGUGGGGAGAUGUCUACACCUGCCACGUGGAGCACCCCAGCCUUCAGAGCCCCAUCAUCGAAGAGUGGAAGGUCGGGUCUGACUCUGCCAGAAACAAGAUGCUGAUGGGAGUGUGUGGCCUGGUUCUCGGACUCAUCUUCCUGGUGGUGGGCACUACCAUGCACCUGAGGCGCAAAAAGGGUGAGAAGUGCUUGGUGGAGCAGCCUCUGACCCCAGCAAUGGCAGGAGGGUCACAGGUUCAAGGCCUGCCUGGGCUACACAGUGAGACUUGGGCUCAGUCCAGACACCAAAGAUAUGAAAUACAGAAAUCUGGCAGGUGGCUGAGCUAGCAUUUCCCUGAUACACCCUCCUGUCCACAGAAGGGCUUAAGACAGAAAAGUGUACCAGAGAGUUCUAGAAGUCACUGGAACUGGUAGCAAAGUUGUCCUGUAGGGAGAGAGGGAACCCCAGCCUGGGAUCUGACCAUCGUACCAGAAGGUCCCCAGGUUCCCAGGCUCAUGCAGGGAGCAUGCUGUGAAGGAGAGGGAGGUGGGGUAGUAGAAAGGGUCUCUGGCCACCUAAGGGAAUGUAGUGGCUAAAUGCAUUCCUAUUCAGCCCUCAUUCAGCUCAUCUGAGAGCUCUGGGAUCUCCAUGAGCAGGUAAGAUGCUGUGUCUGUCUAUUCCUGGUAAGAUCUCAGGUCUGAACCCCCCCAUCUCUGACUCCCUGAGGGAGUGUGAGGGAGGAGUGGGGUUCCCACCACUGAGGAAGGAAGCUGGGGUAAGCAUUCUUACCAAGCUCACAGUCUUUUUUUUAAAGACUAUCUAUUGAUUUAGUUUUAUUUUGUGAGUGAAUUGCUGUACACCUGCAUGCCUGAUGCCUGCUGAGGCCAGCAGAGGGCACUGGGUCCCUUAGAACUGGAGUUACAAAUAGCUAUGAGCCAUCAUGUGGGUACUGGGAACUGAACCUGGGUCCUUGGCAAGAGCAACAAGUGCUCUUAACCCCUGAGACUUCUCUCCAGCUCACACACAGUGGGGUCUGGGAACUAGAUAUACUUUUCAAGGGCAUAUCCUCUCUGACUUUCUUCCUCCAACCAGGUUCUGCCUGCCAUGGUAUCCACCCACUCCCAGCAUUCCAUGGACUAUAAAUCCAUCAACAGGGACU